AUGCGCGCACCAGUAUUAGGGGGCAACUUCGGGGUCUGGGGCGGCCUCUUCAGCUCCUUUGACUGCGCCAUCAAGGGCGUACGGAGGAAGGAGGACCCCUGGAACGCCAUUGGCGCGGGAUUCAUGACCGGAGGCGCUCUGGCCAUCAGAGGCGGCUUCAAAGCUGCUAGAAACGGCGCCAUCGGCUGCGCUGUGCUGCUUGCCGUGAUUGAGGGAGUAGGCAUCGGCUUUCAGAAGAUGAUGGCGGGCGGCACGAAAUUGGAGGUGCCCGCUCCUCCACCGACGAAUGAACAUGCUCUUGCGUAG